GAAAAUGAGACAAGUGACAACCUCUGGCAAAUGGACGUAACAAAACUUGGAUUUUCUAGUAGUUUUUCGUUAUCUUUUGACCAAAUUAAGGAUUAAUUAUGAACUAGAGCUUAGGAGUACACAACAACAUAAAAAUGGCGGGAUUCGCUGCCAAUGGAGGCAUUAUAUUCGCAGUUGUUCUCGUGUGUUUUUUCAAUCCUUCAUUUUCAAAUAAAUUGGAGACAGAAUCAGAAUGCAGUUUGAUAAAACAAGAAUUUCUAAAGUUAAAUAUUGGAAAUCCCAAUAUGGUUCCAGAUAAUCAAGUAAAUGGCGAGGAACUUGAAAUUUGUCAGAAAGAUGCAGCAAAGACAUGUUGCACGCCUCAAAUGGAGCGAAAAUACACCAAAGCCUCUGAGCGGGACUUGUACGAAGUCAUACGCUCUACAAGUUCUUACUUGAAGGGACUACUAAUGCAGAGUGCCGCACAAUAUAAAGAGGCAUUUGUACAAAUGGUAGAAGCCGCCAAGAACAACACAGAAACAAUGUUCACAAUUAACUACCAUAAAAUGCCACACAAGGCAAGAAAGGGCGCUCUGGACGCUUUGGCAAUAGACCUCCAAAAAUUCUUAAACAGGAAACCGGUCAAUAUGAAGGAUACGGUUACAACAUUUUUCGAAGUGUUGUUCCCACCUGUUUUCCAUUAUAUCAUAAAUGAUGCCCGUAGCGACCUUACGGAGAAUUACACCGAAUGUUUAACGCAAGUGCGGCAGGAGAUCCAUCCCGACCCAUUUGGCGGAGUUCCCGCAAAAAUGUUCCAUCAGCUAGAGAAGUCACUCCAGACAGCAAAAGUCUUCCUUGAGGCUUUAAAUCUAGGCGUGGAGGCGAUCAACACAACAGAUCAUCUCCCAUUGACAGGCGAGUGUUCCGUGGCGCUCACCAGAUUGCGCUACUGUGGUCACUGUGAGGGUCAUAUGGGGGUUAAACCAUGCAAGGGGUUCUGUAUGAACGUCAUGAGGGGGUGUAUGAUUGAGCUCGCUAAGCUAGACAUACACUGGAGUCGCUACGUCGACGCUGUGGAGAAGAUUACGGAGCAUAUGCAGGGUGUGUUCAAUAUACAAGAUGUCCUAGAUCUGCUAGAUAAUAGGAUUUCUGAGGCCAUCAUGAAUGCUCUAGAAUUUGGCCCAAAGUUUUAUGCUGAGGUGAUCACAAAAUGUGGCCAUCCUAGUGCAUCUCCACAUUCCACUCCAACUCCCUCGAAAUCCAUCAAGAUGACGCCUAUCCAAUCCAGCGUUGAUGUUCACACGAAGAUCGAGAGUUUCAUGCAGAAUCUCAACCAAUCAAAGGGCUUCUAUAAGAACCUCGCUGAUUCCGUUUGCAACGAGGAAAAGUUUGCUGAUACAGGAAACAAACAUUGCUGGAAUGGGCACAAACUUGGAAUGUACCACAAGAAUGUUACAGAGUAUACAAUGGAGGCGCAACUUACCCACAAUCCCGAGAUGCCAGUGUUUAAAGGACGUUAUACAGCUAUUAUGAACCUUGGAGAUAAACUAGAACAUGUCAUAAAGAAUUUGGCGAAGAAACUCCCAGUUGAGAAGAUGCAGGGUGACCAAUGGGUGUCAAAUAAGUAUGAAGACAAUGAUGAAGGCAGCGGCGAUCGUGGCUACAAAUAUGGUGGACGCGGCGGUAAAAAUCAUGAGACGUACAUAGAUGAUGAAGAAUUUGGCGCUCAGUCUGGUAGCGGAAGCGGAGACGGGAAUAUAAAUGAUGGCAUAAACGGGGGAGUCAGAUAUACGCCAGAUAGGAAACAUAACAAACAUAACAGAAACAAGAAUAUUCAUAACAAAGACUCCAAUACAGAUAUUUCUUUUGAAGAGGAUAUUAACAGACGUCCUACAAGGAAGCCUGUGCCGACACAACCUUCCCAAUCCGUUUCUAUACACAGUGUUUUCUCCAUCACCAUAGCAACCAUGAUCACCUUAGCAACAACCUUAUUAAUGUAGCUAGAAGGUCACAACAGCACAUGAGUUAGUGUAUCUUUACAAAUCGGAUGUAUACCAUAUAUGUAAAAUAGUGGAAAAAUAUAUCAUAAAGUGUAUAAUGUUGGUUGCCAUGACAUCAAUAGUCACCAAAGCAACAAAUACUAAAGCAACUUAAUGGAUAUGUGCGAAGGAUGAAAAGAUAUAGAGCUGGAGUAAAAAUCCAAAAUAAAAGUUUGAUAGAAGUUGAUGUACAAAGAUUUGUUUCUACCGGAUUUAAAAUUUCCUCUGGAUAAUAAAUGAUAAGAUAUGAGUUACUGCGCUGAUGCUAGUGGAUUAUGGUCAAAAUAUAUAUUACACACCAAAGGUGCACUGCAUGUUGUUAGAACUGAUUAACUACAUAAAAACAGAAGACGCAUGUGAUAGAAAUGUGUGUCAAACAAGGACAGAUGUAACAGAACUAUGUGUCAGCAUAGACACACAAGCAGAGAUGUGUGACAAAUGAGGAUACAUAUGUGAAAUACAGAGUCGAGUUAGUAGUGCGAAUGUGUGCUUACAGUACACGGCUGUACAGAGAGACAUAGUUCAACUAAACAAGAAAGCUUGUAAUUAGGGUGAGGAUACAUGUUACUAUAGCAAUGUGAAACUAGGGUAUACAUGUAACUAAGUGAUACAUUAUCUGGUACAUUUACACACAUGUAACUAAGGUAAAUGUGUAGCUUGGUGACAUGUAACUAUGACAUGUAUUUAACUCAGAAACAUGAAACUAGAUCAUACAUGUAACUAGGGAACCUGUUACUAGACAAGUAACUAGGAAUAAUGUGUUCGGGGAAAGUAUCCUAACAUUUGAUUAGUAUGUCAG